CAUGAGUCACGUGAUCUCGUCUGAGGAAGCGAGUUAUGUUUUGUCCCGAUGCUGUACCUAUACAGUAAAUGCAGAACACCAGAAAAACGUCGUCCUCAUGGCUAUCUUCUCGGACAGUUAACUUCACGCCAACAAUAUACUCGCGUUUUAUAACAGCUUUUAUUUGCCAUUGUUUAUUCUGAGACAGUUCAGAUUUUAUGUCGCAUAUUUAUUUAUAGUUUCAAAACGUUUACAUGGCUACAGCAAGCGGCAAUUGCAACCAUGGCGGCGCCAGUUCAGAGAAGGAGAGGUUGGUUUCCUCUGUGUCUCCUCAUGGCUACGGCUCCAGCGACAGCAGCGACAAGCAUGUUCACCACGGACACAGCCAUGGCAACCCCUGGUUGCCCACGGCAACGGCAGGGGGUUGGCUGGGGGCAGAGCAGGAAGAGGAGGCCCUGCGCAGGAAGCUCAAGUACUUCUUCAUGAGCCCCUGUGACAAGUUCCACGCGAAGGGCCGCAAGCCCUUCAAACUGGGCCUGCAGCUGCUCAAGAUUAUCAUUGUCACGGUGCAGCUGGUGUUUUUUGGCCUCAGUAACCAGAUGGUGGUGACGUUCAAGGAGGAGAACACCAUGUCCUUUAAGCACAUCUUCCUGAAGGACUAUGACGAGGGCUCCGACGACACGUUGGCCGUGUACACACAGAGAGACGUCUACGAACACAUCUUCUACGCCGUAGACCAGUAUUUGGUGCUACCCGAGACCACGGUGGGACGCUAUGCGUACGUCUAUGGGGUCGGGGUGAACGGGAGUGCCCUCUCUCUCUGCCAGCAGUACUACAAGAAGGGCAGCAUCGAUCCCGCCAAUGAUACCUUCAACAUUGACCCUCAUGUUAUCACAGAUUGUGUGGGGGUUAACCCUCUGUCAGUCCCUCGAGCGCCUUUCGGCAGUGACUACAAGAACUUGACCCUCAAGUUCCAUAAACUCAUAAACGUGACGAUACAGUUCCAACUAAAGGCCAUCAACAUUCAGACCAUCAUCAACAACGAGAUUCCUGACUGUUACACCUUCUUCAUAACGAUAGUCCUGGACAACAAGGCUCACAGUGGUAAAGUGAGGAUCAGUCUGGAAAACCAGGCUUUUAUAAAGGAGUGUAAAGACCCCAGUGUGUCAGGCCACGCGGAGAACUACACACGGCUAGCGUUUGACGUGGUGGUGGUGAUCGUUUGUAUACUGUCCCUGUUGCUGUGUGGCCGCUCCAUACUCCGCGGCAUCAUACUACAAGCCGAGUUUGUCGAGUUCUUCAAGACUAACCUGGGCCGGAAAGUAAGCUGGAACGAAAGGAUGGAAUUCAUCAACGGCUGGUACAUCCUGCUCAUCAUCAGUGACGUCCUCACCAUCAUCGGCAGCGCCAUUAAGAUCGGCAUCGAGUCCAAGAAUUUGUCAUCGUAUGAUGAGUGUGGCAUCCUGUUGGGGACUUCCACCUUGUUGGUGUGGGUCGGAGUCAUUCGCUACCUCAGCUUCUUCCAGAAGUACAAUGUAAGUUGCCUACACACACAGACACACACACUAACGAUGACAGGGAUUCACCCACUCUCCUGGCUCUCUCCCUCUCAGAUCCUGAUCGUGACCUUGCGAGCUGCGUUCCCCAACGUGAUCCGGUUCUGCAGCUGUGUGGCUGUCAUCUACCUGGGCUACUGCUUCUGUGGCUGGAUCGUGCUGGGGCCCUAUCACGUCAAGUUCCGCUCUCUCUCCAUGGUGUCAGAGUGCCUGUUCUCGCUGAUCAACGGCGACGACAUGUUUGUGACCUUCUCGGAGAUGCAGGAGAGCAGCACGCUGGUGUGGGUAUUCAGCCAGGUCUACCUGUACACCUUCAUCUCCCUCUUCAUCUACAUGGUACUGUCGCUCUUCAUCGCCCUCAUCACCGGCGCCUACGAAACCAUCAAGCACCAAACCCAGGAGCCAUACCACAUUACGGACCUGCACGCCUUCAUCGCAGAGUGCACUGACACGCCCAGCUCGGGGAUGUUCCGGGGCCUCGAGACCUCGCCCUGCUCCUUCUUCUGCUGCUGUGACAGAACGACAACAUACGAGGACGUCCUUUUGGUGAACUGACUGGGCUGUGGGGUCUGGACCUACAGCUCUCUCUGCUGGCCCGGAGCGCCGCACUGCGUCCAGAUUUUCAUUGUCUUUACCAUCAAAUCUGGGUCAGGCAUGAGCCAGGACUAUGAGCUGAAAGCCAAGUCUUUUUUGAGUGGAUUCAUUGACGAGACCACCUGCGUUGUGUGAAUGUUAUAGGGAUGUUGCACAGUAAUUCCCCACACAGAAAGAGAACAGUGUUUUGCCAAAAUUGGGAUUUACGCACAAUCCAUACUUGCUGAGGGCCAUAGUGCAAUGUGGAAUGUCUUGUUAGGACAUGUAGCUUCUUUUAAUUGUUUUACAUUUGUUUUUAGGUGUUCUGUAAGCUGCACAAGUUACAAGAACUGGACAAAGCAUGUUUUUUAUGUCAGAAGUUCUGGUUAUAUAUGAAGGGGAUGACAAUGGCAUGUAUACUAGGCCAGAGACUGCUCUGGAGUAGCACUUCCACUGUCCCUAAGGAGAGAGCACUUAAGUCCAAUUCACAUGACUCAUGCAAGAACGUCAUUGCCCUGUCAUGAGGCGCCAGCCCAUCAAGAACUGCUGAGAGCAAGGCUGGCUUGGCCACAGCGCUUUGUGGUCACCACCGCUGCACUCAAGUGUACAAGUAAAUUGAACUUAAACCCUGCACUGCGCCUGGACCCAAUGGCUCACUCAAUGACCUUAAUCUUUGCUCCGGUGUACAAAUCUCCUGCCAAAUAGGCUGAGUUUAGACAGGCAAUUCAGAUUCAGAUUCCCCCCCCCCCCCCCCCACACUAAAUGGUCUUUUGACCUUACACAUCAGAUAUUUUUCAGAGUUGAUUUGAUUGGUAAAAAUAAGAUCAGAAUUGAGCUGCCUGUCAUAGUAUUUCAGCAUUUUAAGACCGAUCAAUUAAAAAAACAGUACUCUCACCCAGGUGCUGGUUCUGGUCUCCAGGAACAAUAUCCAUAGAAUGGUCCUAUAGUUUAAGUUGGACACAGAAAGAGCACACCUACAGUCCCAUUUAGUUUCAGUAGGUGUUCAUCCGAUGACGUGGCACACAGGGUAAACGUCAGUGCCAUUGUCGAUUUGCACGUGUCAAGUUCUACACUGUACAUGUCCUGUUCACGAGGCACAAAUUAUGCUUUUUAUCGCCACGUGCGGAACACUGCUUGGUCAGAGUUCAUUUGAUAAACGGACACGGAGGGAAGUAGUCAAGUCCCGAGUCUCACAAAGACCCACCACCCACCAUGGCACAACAUUCCGGUCGCAAUGGAAAUGUGACUUUCCAAUUUUGCCUGACCUGAAUGUAACUUCCUUAAAUGAGGAAACUACAUGAUUGGAAAAUGGAGAGUUCAACUAUUUUUUUGUGAUUUUCUUUUUUUUUUAAAGGCCUAUGCUCCAGUCAUUGACAAUAUUGAUGGAGAACUGCAAAUUGUAUCCGACUGGUCUACGGAACAAAGACUGCCUGCGAGUAACGAGGAGAGGAAAACGAGCAGGCAGAACAGCUAAACGAGGCCAGAGGGAUGGGGUAUUUGCGAGCACUGCAGUAAUGCUUGUGAUGUUGACCCAGAAGAAUGCUCUUACGUAGGUUUCGUUCCCAUUCUGUUUUAUGUCUCAUAAUGAUGUCUAGUUUAAAACGAACCAAUUGCUUUGUCCUUGUGAAAGUUUAAAUUAUUUAGUUUUUUUUUAAUGUUGGGUUGUUUUAUGUAUCUAGAGAGGAACGCCUAAGGGGAGUGUGGUCUUCAGGCUCAGGCUCCAGAAAGUGGUCAUGCUUUGUACUCCAAUCACUAUUGAAGGAGGAGGGGAAAACAUGUUUUUUAUAAUAGGUUAUAGGCCUGCUUCCAUUUCGGUCACAGUUACUUCUUCUAAAAGUGAACCUUUUGGCUUUGAUAGAUUCUAAAGAACCAAGGUGUAGGCAAAGUUAUAUGGGAAUAUAACCUCCCAAAUAGGCUAAAAGCAGAGCUUUCACCAUAUCCGUUCUUUAGGAUCUGAGAACACCAAAGGGCUGGAGGCUACGAGAAGUGGCUAGGGGCUGAAAUGGUACUGGGCAUAUAGCCUGUCUGUCGGUGAGGAGUCAUGUAGCUCUUAUUUUAAUGGUCAUUUAGUACAUUUAAAUGAAAUGUAUGUUCUUAACUAAGCAGUACACAAACAGGAUUUGUUUAUGGCCUUGCGUUUGUAUAUUGUAGUAUUAGACACUUGGAUGUCCUGUCCGAGCAGUCUGUAGACAUGUAUAUAGUUCAUUGUGUAAUCUUUUUUUGUGUUCAUCUUACUUGAACAUUGUUUUGAGUAUGUUGGAUCUCUGUGCCACACUCGGGAAUGAUGCCAAACCACUGAUGAUUAAAUGCCUGUUUGUUCACGUGGCUGGAAAUACUUCGGAGAAGGAGGCGGUGGCAAUUGCUUUGGGAUGCAUCCCGAUUCUCCACCCUUAAACCAAUGGAUUGGUUUAAUCGUUGGCUAGAAAGAAUUUAAUCUUGUUAAAUCCAUGACGGGAAGUGUGCAAGUGCAAAGCUUUUAAAAAAGGGUAAAGAAUCAGGACGCAGCCAUACUUUGGUUUCUUCACCACUUGAUUUUGAUCCAAACAAAGCUGGCUGCUUUGUUGAUGUUUGAGUUUUAUAUAUUGUUUGCAUGAAACUCAAGCCCAUAGUCAAGCUUGUGUGAAGGAAAAUCAUGAGUUUACCUCAGGAUGUAAUUACCUGAAGUUAACAGAAGGGGGAAUAAGGACUUUUGCACCCCUCAGACUCGGACAAUAACAUCCUAAAGGAGGAGAAUAGACCACCUUACAUCCAAGAUCUGUUUAUUAGGUAGAGCGAGACAAUAGGGAUCUAAUACAACCGAAGACAAAAUGUAUUAUAGUACAACAAAUACCAUAGAUACAUUUACACAAUUCAUGUAACAUUCAAUAUGCACAAAUUCGUCACAGUCCACAUAUCAAAACGGCAAUGGUAGAUCUCCUUAAAUAGAACACUUGUGCCCAUAUCCUGGUAACACAGGAAGUUCGUGGCACCUUAAAAACCUCUUAAGGAGCCAUCCCUUUUUUCCAAUUUUCGCCUAAAAUGACAUACACAAAUCUAACUGCCUGUCGCUCGGGCCCUGAAGGAAGGAUAUGCAUAUUCUUGGUACCAUUUGAAAGGAAACACUUUGAAGUUUGUGGAAAUGUAAAAGGGAUGUAGGAGAAUAUAACACAAUAGAUCUGGUAAAAGAUAAUACAAAGAAAAAAAAAACUGUUCUUUUAUAUAUUUUUUGUACCAUCUUUGAAAUGCAAAAUGUAUUAUUCCAGCCCAGGUGCAAUUUAGAUUUUGGCCACUAGAUGGCAGCAGUGUAUGUGCAAAGUUUUUAGACUGAUCAAAUGAACCAUUGUAUUUCUGUUCAAAAUGUUGUAUCAAGACUGCCCAAAUGUGCCUAAUUUGUUUAUGAAUAACUUUUCAUGUUCAAAAUUGUGCACUCCUCAAACAAUAGCAUGGUAUUAUUUCACUGUAAUAGCUACUGUAAAUUGGACAGUGCAGUUAGAUUAACAAGAAUUUAAGCUUUCUGCCAAUAUCAGAUAUGUCCUGGGAAAUGUUCUUGUUACUUACAACCUCAUGCUAAUCGCAUUAGCCUACGUUAGCUCAACCGUCCCGUGUACGGGACACCGAUUCCGAAGAAGUUUAAUUGGGUAAAACGGGCUCGUGGUAAUGUCUGGAGCAGAAUUUAUGGAAUGGUAACAAACACAUGGUUUCCAUGUUUUCGAUGCCAUUCCAUUUUCUCCGUUCCGGCCAUUAUUUUUGAUGCCAUUCCAUUCGCUCUGUUCCAGACAUUUUUAUGAGCCGUCCUCCCCUCAGCAGCCUUCACUGCCUGGUAACAUACCUUUCCUAACCAGCCUUUGGCGGCUGAUGCAGCACAUCAUUCCUUCCAGCCCACUAAAUCUAAUAUCAUCAUCCAUUAAGUACUGUCCUGGCUGCCCAUCCUUUAGCUGAGCUCUUGGCCCACGCCCAUCUCAGUGACACGCUCUUUGGUUUUGCACUCUAGUAGUCUACUGGGUGUGUCCACUGUGUAUGUGCACACCACUUGAUGUUGGUGUUUAUUGUUUUUCUUCCACACCAAAUAUAAACACACACACAAACAACGACUACAUCUCCUCUGCCAGACCCGCAUGCUCACACCUUCAUCUCUAGUGCUUCCAUUAUUCUUUGCCACUUGGCCUUAAAUUGUACCAGUUAUCUCUUUUUCUCAAUAUUUCAAUAAUAAAUUAUUCGAUUAUU